AUUGCCCUAUGUACUCGCCUUUACUCGAUGCAACUUGGAAGUUGAAAUAAACUACCUAGAUGCGUUUUAGUUAGAUCGUUCUUUAAAGAUCGAUUUAGUCAAGACCGCUACAUGCGUAACUAGUGGUGGAGUUUCUCCUCUACCAUUGCAUCAUCGCCAUUCUCAACUUGGAUACCUAGCUGGCCAUCAUUGGUAGGCAACCCAUAUAUCCAGAGCUACGUUACUUCGACAAUAUCUAAAUUGUCAAUGUAAUUCAUAAAUCGAUAUCGGAUUUAGAUAUCACAAUGAAACCAUUUCCAGAAGCAUCAACUAUGGGCAAGGCGCCCCCAACGAGGCUUAGGUUCCCGCCUAUCCUCCGACCUAGAUUAUCAUGGCGAUACAUCUUCUGCUCAUCGGUCGCGAUCUAUAUUAUAUAUUGCUACAUCUUCUCAACACCUUUAUUCGCGCAUCCCCUUCCUAAUUACAGCGGUCCGUAUUCAGUCGGCGCCGUUGACGUUGAGAUACCUCUAAAAUCACCACGGUUAAUCGAUACAGCACGGUUUAAAGGAACGAAAGAAAAUGCGUUCGAGCUAGAAACAGUACUUUUCACGUUAUACUAUCCUGCGAUACAAAAUGCGGUUAGCCAUAAGCCGAAACAUCACUGGAUUCCGAAACCGGUCUCGGUUACGGCCGAGGGCUACGCUAAGUUCGCGCAUAUGAAUAAUUUCAUCGUUAAUAAACUCAUGACGGGGGCUGUUAGCGGUCUCGUCGGAGGAAUCGAAAUUCCAGCACAAGUUGAUGUGCCACUUGCCGAUCUCGUGGCUACGGUUACGGCUACCCCGGAGACUAGAAAUGAUGAUGGGGAAAUCGAAAAAGUGAUUCAGAUUUCGAGGGAAGGACAUCCGGUGGUUGUGUUCUCGCAUGGUAUGGCGAGUAGUCGUACCGAUUACACGCACUAUGCCGGGGAGCUGGCGUCGCGUGGGUAUGUUGUUGCGUUGAUUGAGCAUAGGGAUGGCUCGUGUCCCGGGUCUGUUAUUAUGAAAAACGGCGAGUCGGAGAGCGUUAAACUUACUUUCGAUGUUCCUGAGGUGGAGACUAAGAACGGGAGGGAGUUAACGGUUGAUGAGUUUAAGACGGCGCAGCUUGAUUUCCGGGAGGCGGAGAUUGAGGAAACUGUGAAGGUCUUGAGACUUAUUAAUGAGGGGCACGGGGAAGAGGUUUUGAAGAAGAAUUCUAGAGGGGAAGGGGCGGAUUUUGGGAAUUGGAAGGGUCGAAUUAAUACGGACCAGAUGGUCGUCGCGGGACAUAGUUAUGGUGCUACGGGCGCUAUGCAAGCGCUUAGGGGCGGACCGAGUUCGAAACGGCCGUUUAGUGGUGCGAUUGUGUUGGAUCCUGGGAAGGCGAGUGGAAGAUUGAAUGACGAUAUUCGUGUUCCGGUGCUGGUGAUUCAUAGCAAUUCAUGGAGUAGCAAGCGUAGCGUAUUCUACGGGCGGACACAUUUUGAUACGGUUUUCGAUAUUGUUGAGAAUAAUGUCCUGCGCGGCAUGCCUUCUUGGUUCGCGACUUCGCUUGGUACUUCGCACCCUUCGGUCACGGAUGCCCCGCUGCUGGAGCCGUUGUUACUUAGUUGGACUACCGGCGCGCGGAUCGAUGUGUAUGAGGGAUUAAGGCAGUAUGUGCAUGUGACGGAGGACUUCCUGUGGUUUUUGAGUACGGGGGAGAAACGCAGUCUCCUGAGGGAGAAGGCGGAGUUCCCGCAGUAUGAUGAGGGUAUGGGGUUCGGUGUGUGGAAACCGGCACAAGGGGAAAAUGAAAAGAUGGGAGGCCCUUGGUACGAUUGGCGCAGGUAUUGGCAGGUGCAUAUCUCGCCGAAUUAGAUGAUGUGGAGGAUAUCGGGAGAUGGGCGUGGGCUAAGCCACCACUGUACUUGUGCGGCGGCAUAUACGGGUCAGCAAAGGAGCUGAAAUGUAACUUGAAGUGUACUUAUAGAUGGUAUAUAGGAGAGGAUUCAUACUAAAUAACCCAGGUAACCAUAUCAAUGUCAUGAAUAUGC